GGGUUUGGGCUGUCUGCUUCACUUUUAUUUUCGCAGGAUAUACGUACACAACUGUGUAUCACCUUCGAAUCCAUUUCAAUUACGAACACUCAGCUCUCUCUCUCACUCUAAAAAAAACACAGUUGUGCGUGUAAAGCAAGCGAAGCCACAGCUCCAACACUUUCUCUCUCUGAGCAAUGGCGGAACACAAAACUAAAUACGAUCGUCAACUUAGGAUUUGGGGUGAGCAAGGACAAGCUGCCUUAGAGAAAGCAAGUAUAUGUCUACUUAAUUGUGGUCCUACUGGUUCAGAAACCCUGAAAAACCUUGUUCUUGGUGGUAUUGGAAGUAUUACUAUUGUUGAUGGAUCUAAAGUUGAAGAGGGCGAUCUUGGAAAUAACUUUAUGGUGGACGAGUCAUGCAUUGGGCAGUCCAAAGCCAAAUGUGUCUGUUCAUUUCUUCAAGAAUUGAAUGAUGCUGUUAAAGCCAAGUUCAUUGAAGAGAAUCCAGAGGAAUUGAUUAAAACGAACCCUUCAUUCUUUUCUCAGUUUACCUUGGUCGUAGCUACACAGCUGGUGGAAGAAUCAAUGGUAAAGCUGGAUAUAAUCUGCCGGGAAGCAAAUGUUAUGUUGAUAUUUGCACGGUCCUACGGUCUGACUGGGUUUGUUCGCAUCAGUGUGAAGGAACAUACAGUAAUUGAAUCCAAGCCUGAUCAUUUUCUUGAUGAUCUCCGAUUAAAUAACCCGUGGCCUGAGCUCACAAGGUUUACGGAAACUAUUGAUAUAAAUGUGCCUGAUCCCGUGGUUCACAAACAUACACCAUAUGUUAUAAUUCUUAUAAAGAUGGCAGAUGAAUGGGCCAAAAGUCAUGGUGGAUGCCUACCAGCAACCAGGGAUGAGAAAAGGGAGUUUAAGGAAAUGAUAAAAUCCAGGAUGAUAGCUAUAGAUGAAGACAACUAUAAAGAAGCUAUAGAUGCUUCAUUCAAAGUUUUUGCUCCUCGAGGAAUUAGUUCGAGUUUGCUACAUGUUAUCAAUGAUCCUUCUGCAGAAGUUACUUCCAAUUCAUCAGAUUUUUGGAUAAUGGUUGCAGCUCUUAAGGAAUUCAUCAAUAAUGAAGGUGGCGGUGAGGCACCACUUGAGGGAUCAAUUCCAGACAUGACAUCUUCUACAGAGUUGUAUGUAAACUUGCAGAAAAUUUACCAAGCCAAGGCUGAGUCUGACAUGCUCAUAGUUGAGCAGCGAGUACGGGAUAUAUUGAAGAAAAUCGGUAGAGAUACAAAUAGCAUCUCAAAGACCAAAAUAAAAAGCUUUUGUAAAAAUGCAAGGAAGCUGGCAGUAUGCAGAUAUCGCCUUCUUGAGGAUGAGUUCAACUCCCCUGUGCAACCAGAGUUGCAAAAGUAUCUAACAGAUGAUGAUUAUAGUAUUGCCGUGGGAUUCUAUGUAUUACUCCGAGCUGUUGAUCGAUUUGUUACCAACUUUAAUAGCUUCCCUGGGCAAUUUGAGGGUGUCAUGGAUGAGGAUAUAUCUCGAUUGAAAGCUACAGCAGUUGGCUUACUUAAUGACUUGGGUUGCAACAGUUCAACUUUGACAGAGGACCUUAUCAAUGAGAUGUGCAGAUAUGGUGCUGCGGAGCUCCACGCAGUUUCUGCUUUCGUUGGCGGCAUCGCAUCACAAGAAAUUAUCAAGCUCAUCACUAGGCAGUUCAUUCCCAUGUCCGGGACAUUCAUCUUUAAUGGCAUUGAUCACAAAUCUCAACUGCUGAUGCUGUAGCUAAAGCACAAGGUAGGAAGGUACAUUUUAACUAAUUUAAUUGCAUGGGGAGAUGGCAACUGUGGUAUAGUUUACCUUGGAGAUUGAUAAUAUUCUACAUGGGCUAAGAGGAUCAAACUGUAGCGCCCAUUGGUGCAUCCAAUUUCUUGUCAAGGACUAUACAUUUUCGCUUUUACAAAAUUAAUAUAGUUUACUGUAAUUUUUUGGGAGACAAGGAUGCAUACUUGCAUGUUUGAAUGAUGGUUCUUAACUUCUUAUUGCAAGUUUUGUACGAUUA